AUGCCACUGAGUUUCCUCACUAACGGCGGAACCGCAAGUCAGGCAAAGUACUUCGAUAUCAGGCUUGAUAACGAUUAUAUUGUAUUUCGCGGGAACGAACAUGAAGCCGCCAGCACCCUGUUGAAUGGCAAGUUGCUCCUUUGCCUCUCGGAGCCCCUGCAGAUCAAGUAUCUGAGACUGAACCUCACCGGCAUGUCGAAAAUCCUCUUCCAUGGAUCUGCCAGGCGCAGAAAGCCUGCGAGGGAACACACAUUUUUUGAGAAGACAUGGUCAUUUAAAGAUGCUGGUAAGAACAAGCUGGAGACCUUGCCAGCCGGCAACUAUGACUUUCCUUUCGAUAUCAUCCUCCCGGGAUCUCUCCCAGAAAGCAUUGAGGGACUGCGCGACACCUUCAUCACAUAUCGAUUCAAAGCGGAGAUUGGCCGGAAAUACGCCAAGAGUAUCGUCGUGCGGAAGCCAUUGAGGAUCAUUCGCACCCUCGAUCCAAGCGCCCUGGAGCUGUCGCAUGCAAUGUCUGUGGAAAAUAUAUGGCCGAAUAAAAUCGAAUAUUCAAUUUCAACCCCUUCCAAAGCACUUAUAUUCGGAACUUCCGUCCAGGUGGAUUUUCACAUUAUACCCUUGCUUAAGGGGCUUACUGUUGGUACGAUUUCGACACAGCUGGUGGAAACCCACGAUUUCGUCUUAAAUCCUGAAGCCGCCCAAGCCGACCAAUUGUCCCAUAAAUGGACGAAAGUAAUCCUUGACGACUCCUGCACGCUGGACCAACUAAAGAAAUCCCAAUCCCUGGAUGGAGAGGUUGAGGGAUUUGCUUUUUCUCGAAUCUUGAACUUACCAAAAUCCCUCAGCAAAUGCUUACAAGACGCUGAUACGCGAGGCAUAAAAAUCAAGCACAAACUAAAGUUCAAAGUCCAACUCCACAAUCCGGACCGUCACUUAUCUGAGCUUCGUGCCAGCCUUCCUGUUUCGAUUUUCAUUUCUCCCCAUCUCCCUAUUGGCGACAAUAAUGACCUUAUUGAUCAAUCGGUCCAGUCUGCUCAGCGAGCCAUCCAUACUAUGGCCCAGCAAGCGCCCCCUCUCUACGGAGACCAUCGAUUCGAUCAGCUGUACAGCGAAAUAGAUUGCUCCGGAUAUCGGACUCCCGGGAGCACCAGUGGCCCUGGCACACCCUUGUUAUCUCUCAGUCGAAGUCUCUCAGCAGAGAACAUUAAUGGCGCAGUGCCCCUGGGGCAUCAGCACAUCUCUCCAUCUGUUUUACAUACCCGACUAAGCGACCUACACCUUAACGGCACCGCACUACAGCUGACACCUCCGAGCUCGGAAUCCCCGGAAUCCGCAGAAUCAGCUCGUGAUUCAACUGGCCAAGAACCCCGGCCGUUGGAUUUCGGUAGCGGCAUUCCCUCCAUCAACAUCCAGAGUCCUGGCAUUGUUACCCCUGCAACCUCACGACCACCAUCGGAAGAUGGCAACAUCUACUCUGGGCAGACUACACCUAACUAUCAUAUUAGUGAAGUCGAGCACCUCUCCCGUGUCCCCAGUUACGCCACUGCAGUCCGAUCGCAUCCUUCGCCGCAUUACUGUGAGGGGCUACCCGACUAUCAAGCGGCCACUGCUGGAGAUGUCGCUGGUAUUUCUAUGACUCCUGCGCUACCCCCGCAAUCGCAGCAGGGGCGUGGUCGCAGGAGAUCCCACAGCGCCUCGAUAUCUACUGAAAUAAGACGUCGUCCACGGUUGCGGCUUCACGGCUGGAGUCAUAGCGAUGAUAUACAACAGCAAUUACGAAUGCCUCAAGUUUCUUAA